GCAAUAUACGUGCAUUAUGGGUCCCCUGUAUUUCAAGCCAUGGAGGAGAACUGAUAGGAAGAGCUUUGUGGAGACUGAAAAAUUCCUGAUUGAAGAAAUACGGUCACACAAAAAGCGCCAACUAAAAUUAUGCCUUGUUGGCCAUACAGAAGCCGGGAAGUCGUCCUUCAUAAACUCGGUAUUUUCCGUUUCAAGAGGAAAAACAGCUGAUAUGAAAAACGUUAAAAUAGAUACAGUGGACAGCAUCGGAACACAUAGGUUUUUGCUUCUGAAGACGAGAGGUGACCUUUUCGCUCAUACCAAAAUCUACGACACCUUGGGAUUGACCGGAAACGCAAACGAUAAAGAUUACGGCCUCGCAGCAAUUGAACUCCCGCGAAUUUGCGAAGGACAUGUUCAGCCGGGACAGUUAGUAAGCCUGGGUGUUGUUUAA